CCCCGCUUAAAGCUUCAGCUCCGACUUUUUUUUCCCCUUCCUUUGGGGUGGUGGCUGUUUGCUCAAGUUCCAGUCGGACGCGACACAGGGAGUCGGCGUGUUGCGUGUUGCUGUUCGCGCUUCAGUGGCGGUUUUGCGUUUGGCUUGUCUUAAUUUGAUCUUCUCCCCCUCCCACACACACACACUUCCAGGACCCGGUCGGGCUUGCCUCGGUGUCGUGACUGAAGUGGGGAGAAGCUUUCUGUUCGGUUUUCUCUCCUUUUUUUUCCCCCUCUUCCUCCCUCCCUCCCUCUUUUUUGUGGGGGGGGGUUGUUUUGCUUUUGGAAAGGGGAGGAAAAGCAACUUCGCGGGAACAAAGACGGGUCUGUUCUUGCACCCGAACCGGCAGCUGACGUGACCCGGAGACGGACCGGACCGGACCGGACCGAUGCAGGCCAUCAAGUGUGUGGUUGUCGGGGACGGGGCUGUUGGUAAAACAUGCCUGCUUAUCAGCUAUACCACCAAUGCAUUCCCUGGAGAGUACAUCCCAACAGUGUUCGACAAUUACUCUGCCAAUGUGAUGGUUGAUGGGAAGCCUGUCAACCUGGGACUGUGGGAUACUGCGGGACAGGAGGAUUAUGACAGGCUGCGUCCUCUGUCCUACCCACAGACGGAUGUGUUCUUGAUCUGCUUCUCCCUUGUGAGCCCUGCGUCUUUUGAAAAUGUCCGCGCCAAGUGGUAUCCUGAAGUGAGACACCAUUGCCCAAACACUCCCAUCAUCCUUGUGGGCACCAAGCUUGAUCUGAGAGACGACAAGGACACCAUUGAGAAGCUGAAGGAGAAGAAGCUCACUCCCAUCACCUACCCCCAGGGCCUGGCCAUGGCCAAAGAGAUCGGUGCGGUGAAGUACCUGGAGUGCUCAGCUCUCACACAACGAGGCCUUAAGACAGUGUUCGACGAAGCCAUCCGGGCAGUCCUGUGCCCACCUCCCGUGAAGAAGAGGAGGAGGAAGUGCAGGCUGUUCUAAACCCACACACUGACGAGAGAAAAACACCACUGCAGUCUGAGCUCACCUGGGGGAAGAGCAGAUAACACGGAGCGUAUGCAUUCAGAUAUGCCAUUUUGUUUCUCUUCUAUUGUAAUUAGUACUUCUUAUAAUCCUUUGGUGUUAUAAAUAAAAUCUUAGUCAGGUUUUUAUCGUUAGCUCUCGGGGAGAGGGGAAGACUCUUACCCUCACCCAAAUCCCCUCCCCCCAAAAAAAGAAAAAUAACUGCUGCCUUUUUAAAAAUUACUUUUUAUAAUCUUUCGGUAAAGGUAAACAGCUGGGCUCUUUUCCCCUUUCUUCCCUUCCUCUGUAGAGUGCAUAGUGUUUACAGUCUUCAGCCGUAUUGAAUUGACAAGUUGCCAAAAUGCCGACUACAAUUAAUUGUGGGUCUUUGGAAGUGGGGUUGCAAACACUACACAGGCAAACCGAGUGUUUGCUAUUUUACAGUUUCGCUUCUUUGCAAAGUGAAGAUGAAGUCCAGGCUUGUUUAAAGGGGUCUUCGGAAAAAGAAAUGGUUCACGAUGGGGGAAAAAAAUAAAUUAAAAAGAGGAGCGUAUCUGCUCCAGUAAUUAGUACGCCUUGUUCCCGAAUGCUAGCCUGUUUACUAUAUAGCCAUGCAAAGCAAGUCAGAGAAUAAUGCUAAUAGAAGAUUUUUGCUGUGAUCAUCAGAAUGGAGUUGAUUCCCAAUAAAUGGCUUUAUUGGUAUAAGAAUAGGUUGUAUAAGAAUCCAUCUCUUACUGCAGUUUCUAAACAAAAUAAAAACGUGUUUAUUGGGAAGGGUAUUUUGUCCACAUGCUUAUUUGAAAAGUAGUGAACCUAAAUUGUCUUCUUUGUGGUAUUUGAAGGGAAGUUGCAGUAUUUUCAAUAUCUUGUGCUUCAGUAGGAGUGUUGAAACUCAACUGGUAGAACGUCAUCUCUCUGUUUUAGCUUGACCUGCCCUUCUAGUCCCUUCCGUUGCCGAAGGCUCGUCACUUGAUUUAAUGGUCUGAAAACCCCCACUGUUAAAUAGGGAGCUGCUUACUAAUGACCGUGUUCUGAGACUGGAUUGCCAGGGUAUUGUGUUGUGAAGCUCUAAGCCUGGGAUAUACAUUCAGGGUUUCUGUACCUUUAUUGGUAUUGGGGCAUUUAUAAUCGCAUUUUAAGCCAUUCCCUUGUUUAAAAUAAACCGUAUUAAGCCCGUCAUUUUCUUAAAAGUCCAUUUGCAUCUUGUAACACUUUUUUUCCUUCUUUGAAUACUGUAAUAAUAGAGGUUAGGUGAAUUAGGGUUUUCAAUUAAAUACUUGACAGCUUGGCUUUGCUGGUGAUGACAGAAUUAAAUAUAAUCGUUUGGUGUUUUAA